AUGGGUAUUGCCCAACAUCAUGAUGCUGUUAGUGGAACAGAAAAACAACAUGUAGCUGAUGACUAUGCUCAACGAUUGUCUGACGGUAUCGACCGUUCAAUGGAAGUCAUUAAUGCUGCCUAUGCGAAACUAUUACCUAGAGAAGGUCAAACGCCGUUAAGUGUUCCUCAGUUUCUUUGUCCAUAUACAAAUAUUAGCGAAUGUCUACCUAUUGAAGGAGAAGCAAAAUUCACAUUGACACUCUGGAAUCCAACCAUUCAUCCUAUAACAAUUUAUCCUCGUGUACCGGUCACUCAAGAAUAUGUCAUUUAUGAUCCGAUUGGAAAUAUUGUUCCAGCUGAAUAUCUUCCGAUUUCGAUAGCGACACAAAAUAUUCCUGGUCGAACAAGUUCUGCUCGAUAUCAGCAUCUAUUUCAAGCAUCAUUACCAGCACUUGGUUACAAUACCUAUUAUUUCGAAGCGAGAAGUUUUCCUGGUGAUCCAACUACUCCAGAACUACCAGCAUCAGGUGCUUAUGUCUUCCGGCCGUUUGUUUCGGAAGCAGUACCCGUGAGUCUUUCAGGUAGCAUAAAUUGUACAAAAACAGAUACCGUACAAAAAGCAUCGAUUGUUUUCAAUGACUGGGUUAGUCAAGAAUUCACUCUGUACCAUGGAGCAACAUCAGUUGAACUCGAAUGGACAGUUGGACCGAUUCCGAUUCAUGACAAUAUUGGUAAAGAGAUUGUUAUUCGUUAUAACACUAAUAUUAAUAGCGGAUCGAAAUAUUAUACUGACGCUAAUGGACGUGAAGUUCUCGAACGCAUUCGCGACCAUCGACCAACAUGGCCUUACUUCGUUGAUGAAAGGAUUAGUGGCAAUUAUUAUCCAAUUAAUAGUCGUAUUUGGAUUCGAGAUCAUGAUCGUCAAUUAACUAUUCUUACUGAUAGAUCCGAAGGUGGUGGUAGUAUGUACGAUGGUUCAAUUGAAAUUAUGGUUCAUCGUCGGAUACUGCAUGAUGAUUCAAUGGGUGUUGAUGAAGUUUUAAAUGAGACUGCCUAUGGUAAAGGUCUUGUUGUCUCUGGCAAACAUAUUCUUCUUGUCGAACGACCAGAAGAUAGUGCUCGACUACAUCGAGUUGGUGCUCAGCAAUUGUUUAUGCAUCCUCUAGCUACCUAUUCCUUGCCAAAUACACCAUCCUAUGCGAACUAUUCGAAUAUAUAUCGUCAAAGUUGGUCAGCUCUCUCAGAUAUGAUGCCACUAAAUGUACAUCUAUUAACAUUCGAUAAAUUAACUCCUAAGCAAUAUCUAGUGCGUGUUGAACAUUAUUUUGAAUUAAACGAGGAUGAAAUGUAUUCACAACCGGUGACGAUGGACCUUCAAACAUUGUUUAAAAGCAUUGGUACCAUUGUUGAUAUGACUGAAUUAGUGUUAAAUGCCAAUUUACCACUAUCUCAGCUGCAUCGACUUGAUUGGAUGACAAAAGAUCAAGAAUCGUCACAUGUGAACAUGUUCCGUAAGUUAAAUUUCAUUGAUAAAUGUCUCGAAUGA